GGCCCCACGGCUUUCUCCACCACUCGGUCACUUCAGCUUCGACUGGUCAGUAGCACUCGCCAAGCGAUAAGCUCGGGGCAAGCCGCAACAGCCGCCGAUGUUGCCGCCGCCGCCGCCGCCGCCGCCGCCCCUUAUGCUUCUCCCGCUCCUCCUUGCCGCCAGCUCCUUCGCCGCGGCCAAUGCCAAGGCUACACCCCCGUCUGCCACCGCGGCGGCAGGCGCCCGCGCCGGCUCCCCUGCCCCGGUUCCGACGCCGUGGCCGGAGCAGUUCCACGCGGUGAUUUUCACGAACCUCACCGAGAGCGGCGGCCGGCUGCAGCUGAUAGACAUCUACUACGACUGGCCCAAGGGCCGCAACCUCAACCUCAUCCACAACCAGCUCUCCGGCGACCCGACCUACAACGUCGAGUGGGCCAACGGCACCUCCUACCUCUUCGACGCCGCGUCCUGCUGGACCUUCCACUUCGCCGUGGGCCUCCUGCCGCCCGACUGGAUGAAGGCCCGCGGCGCCGCCUACCUGGGCCGCGGCCGCCUCGACGGCUUCGACUGCCACGUCUGGUCCAACUUCCUCUUCGCACGCUACUACGAGGACGCCGCCACCGGCCGCCCCGUCGGAUGGAACUUCAACGGUCGGUGUUCAACUAAUUACGACCUGCAAAUCCCCGUCUUGAAUUAGUUUCUUGAUUAUUCU